UUACGGGUUAUCCAUAAUAUCCAUAGCAUUGAGUCUAUCAAUGUUAUGAUCAGUCAGUCAUUGGUUGGCAAACAUUAAGUGUUUAUAUAUGUUGUAUAUAAUUGAGUGCUUAUAGUAGUAUAGCUUUGAAAGGGAAACACAACAAACACUUUACAAACAAAAACAAUAAAACAUUGGUAUUAAUGGCGUAAUGAUUGUGAUUGUAAUGAAUGUAAUAAAUGUUUGACAACACAAUGAUAUCAACUAAUUGGUGACUCUUGUGAUCGUACAAAAUGGUUAAGACAUUUCAGGCAUACCUGCCAUCGUGUCAUCGCACCUACAGUUGCAUCCAUUGCAGAGCACAUCUGGCCAAUCACGACGAACUCAUCUCAAAGUCAUUUCAAGGAAGUCAGGGCAGGGCUUAUCUGUUUAAUUCAGUCGUCAAUGUCGGGUGCGGUGUGGCCGAGGAAAGGGUACUUUUGACGGGACUGCACGCCGUCGCUGACAUAUAUUGCGAGUGCUGUAAGACUACUCUCGGCUGGAAAUAUGAACACGCAUUUGAGUCAAGCCAGAAGUAUAAGGAGGGAAAAUAUAUCAUAGAGUUGGCGCAUAUGAUUAAAGAGAACGGUUGGGAUCACGAAAAGAUGCGCCGAUAGUCUAGACGACCACAUGUGCUGACCAUAUAUUUAUAUAUAAAAAUUAAAUAUAUAUGUAUGUAUACAGUAUGUCCCGGGACACUGCUUUCCCUUCCAGCCAUUGAUAUAUUUUUUGGACAUUACUGUUAAGUGCAUAUAUAUGCUGUAUAUUGUAAUCUACAUAUAAAUAUUAUAUAUAUAUUGAAUAUAUAUUAGAUUCAUUUGAUUGUCUUAUUGAUUAUAUAUAUAUAUAUAUUUGAAUACUUUUUAAAUACAUUUUAAUAUUAACUUAUUAUUAA